AUGACUAAUGAAAACUACAUUACCCAUGAUUCCGUUUGAGCCAACAAACGUAAGGUCAAAGGGCGAUAAAAAGUCAGAAUCAUUUGCCUUCGGUUCGAGCAUGGCAUCAGGUAUAUCAGUAAUGCCCGCACUUCCGUCAGAGGACCGGAGAGACGGUGAGACCCACUUGACAGACACAUCCAGUCCAGAGACAGGAGUCCCCGCUGAGCCUGAUAGUGGCAAAGACACAGCGGGGUCAGCAGAACAGAGUGAGGAUGGAGUUGAUGUCUGCCAGUUUUACCUAAAGGGAAAGUGUCAUUUUGGCCACAGAUGUCGUUUGUCUCACAGUGACCCGUCAGUAGGUGAUUCAGGGGUCGCAUCUCCUGAGCAGGAUGACAAACCACAAGGAGAAAAAAUAGAAAAACACAAGAAGAAAGCGAACAAAGCAACGAAACAAAAAUACGAGGCAAAAGAUGUGAACAAAAAGCCUCGGAUGCGCACAGCAGAUGAUGUUAUCUCUCGAAUCCUGUGGGACCCAUCAGUAGAUGCUUCAGAGUUUGUUGUGGGGUAUGUGGAUCGCUUCCUUGGUGUUCUGGAGCGUCCCUUCAUUGACUUCAACUGGGACACCAACCCUUGCGACUGCGAUUACUCUACUGAGCUGGCCCUGCCCAGACACAGGAUCCAGUACUUCACCUACAGAGGGCACCGCGUCUGGGACCGCCACACCAGAACUGACAGGGUGUUUGGCUCCACCGGUCAAUCUCUGGCUCCCCCCUUUGGAGGGGAGGAGGAAGUAAAGGGAAUAAAUCCAACGGACCAAGACCAACAACAAGACCUUAAAACAACAGAAGAGCAGCCCCCUGCUCUCUGUGGGCAGAAGGAGAGUGAAACAGAGAAGUGUAUUCACAACCAAAACCCACAUCUGGAGGAAGGGAACCCAAAUGAGAUGAAUAUUCACACCCCUGACUCAGCACAACCAGCUCCAAAGUGUAGAGAAAACACUUCUCGGGAACAACAGGAAUCGCGAGGAGCAUGUGUUGCAGAGGAGGCUACAAUUAGACCUGAGGCUUCAACAGACCAAAUGUCCUUGUCCCAGAAAAUGGGAACCAGCGUAAAAGAGGAGGCUGAUGAAGAGGCGGAGUGGCAAGAAAGCUGGGAGGGCAACAAAGAUACUGUGAGUUAUCAUGGAGCCCUGAGCAUCAGCCAGAGUUGUUCACCGCUGGAGCAGAGAGAGGAGAAGCGUGGUGGGCGCCCCCCUAAGAAAAAACCCACUCACUUCAUCACCUUCAGAGCCAACACUCCUGCUAUCCUCUCCUGUUUCCAGCAGCUGCAGGAUGAAAUCACAUCCCUUCUGCCAUCCUCUGCCCCUCACUGGCAGACCUCCACCCGCCUUCAUGUCACCCUGUGCCUCCUGGUCCUUGCUGGCCCAGCUGAGGUAGCCGCCGCCGGGGAGAUCCUCCGGCGGUUUGCCCAGUUGGAUCGUAAUCCCCCGGUGGCUGUGACCUUCCCUGUGAAGUUGAAACAUUUCAAUGGGAGGGUGCUUUAUCUGAGCCCCCAGCCUCAGCUACCCCUCCAGCAGCUCAACAGCGGCCUGCAGACGGCCUACAGGGAGAAGGGCUGGCUCCACAGGGACUCCUACAACCCACGCUACCACCUCACACUGGCCAAGAUAGAGAACAUGGAGGAAGAGAGGAUUUUUGAAGGGGUGGGGGACCUGAAGGUGGGGAAGGGUUUGAAUUUUGGCCGCUUGCCAGUAAACACCUUGCACCUUUGUGCCAUGGGCGGUGCCAAAGUAGAUGGUUUUUAUGAGACUUUAUGCACGGUAACUCUUCGUUGAUAGAGGAGUGUGACCCUUUACAUGCACACACUACAUACAUGUAUAUUAACUGAGAGAUAUGACUGGAAGCCAUACCUCUUCGUUUGCACUAGCCGCGUGGCCUUAUCAAACAAAUCAAGUGUCUUGUGUUUUUUGUUAUUAAAUUGAAUUAGAUAAGAUGCACUUUUAAAGAUAAGUGGGUGAAACACAUUUUUAUAGGGAGGUCUGAAGGGGGUAAAAUUGCACUUGAUGCAGAUCUGUAGCGCAAUAAUAUUAACAGAUCUUAUACUAAAUUGAGCUACACUUAAUUUUUAUAUUUAAUAAAAAAAAUAUUUAUUUCACUUAAAUGCAUUUUAAUCCAUUAAGGACCAAUUCGUAAGUUGAUGCAGUACGUCCAGAAGUAAAAGCACAGAUGUUUGCAACUAUAACAGCAGAAUGUGGACACUAAAACAGAAUUGGUGAAGUGCAUCCAUUGUACAUUUUUAAGUUUUUAUGUUACAAUGUAAGUAUGCAUGUAAGUUUCAUAAUUCUUAUUUGUUGGUUUUAGUUGGUAGGACAAAAGACUCCUACUGUCUUCUCAGUACAAACACCUUCAUCAAAUUCAUUUAUAUCUCAGGCUGUGGUCUUCUCCUGUGCACCUGUUGAUGUACAGGUGUGCAAAAGUUUGACUCUUUUGAUUUUGGCCGAUAGAAAUGAAUGAUAAUAUAUGGAAAUUUUUUUCUUUGCUUCUCGUGGCUUCUCACAUUUUUGUAUUUUCGAAAGAAGUUCAUAACCUGUACUUUAUACACACCUGAGGGUAAGAAAGUCAAAGAUGAUUGAUUUAAUAUUCCAUUACUCUAAUAGGAUUUGUUGUGUUAAGAUUGAGGAAUUUAAUCCUUAUUUCCUCCAUAUGUCAUCCAUGUGGGCCAACAAGCUGUUCAGGCAAACUUUUCCACAUAGGACCUAUUUUGAAUGUGCUUCACUUUGAUAUCUGCUUUUUUAUGACUUUGCAGACAGGACAUAUGCGCCUGCCAUAAAGGCACAUGUAUGAUGCAUAAAUUAUGUAUGAGGGGGGAAAAGAUGACAUUUUCUUUACAGUCACAAAUUACCCAAAGUGGUGAUAUUCUGCAGCUUGUAAUUCAAUGAUUUAUACACUGUUUAAUGCUGUAUGGACUGUGUUCCCCAAGAAUGAUUGUCAAGGACAUUAAAUAUUGAAUUGGUCAUUUUAAA